AUGCUUAACCCGCCCACUGCCCUCCACGCCCUCCCCGACUAUAACACCGAUGGAAGCACCACCGAGAGCGGGAGCGACCACCCUGAGCCCGUCACUCCCACCAGCGAACAGCGUCCCGCCUCCUUCGCCGCCCUCCGCCUCGAGCCCACCCGCAGCAAACCCGGCGACAUGGCCGUUGCAACAAUGACGGCAACCCACCCGCCGCCCAUCCAGUGCGAAAACCCUUCUCACCGCGCCGGCCUCAAGAAAAUCGGCACUUUCGUGAGGAAGACCAUCAAGCGCGCCGACUCGAAGCGCGACGACGACGACGCCACCCCGGACAAGGCUGCCCUCCCUCACGAGCCUCUCUUCGUCCGCACCAGACGCCUCAGCUCCUGGUCCCGUUCGGCCCGCAGCUCUCCUAAAUCCUCGCAGUCCAACAGCCCCCCCUCUCCACGCUCACCUACCAUUACCUUCGAGGAAAAGAACAAGGACGGCAGCGCCCCACCUGGCUUUUCUCGCCCGAGCCAGUCGCCCUCCUUCGACACCUUCAUGUCGAAACCUGACAAAUUCGGCCCGUCCUCGCUGGUCGACCGCGCCGGCUACAGAAAUAGAGCCGCUAGUCUCGAAUCUGUUCCCAAGUCUGUUUCCCGUCACCCCCAGGAUACCACGCUUCCCAAGUCGCAGCCCGCUGGCAGAGCCGCCGAGGGUGCUGGUCUGAAAGCUCGCCGCCUGAGCACCUGUCUGCCCGACGAGUUCUUCGUCGACCACUGCGAGCUGGACAAUGAGUUCAAGAGCACAAGCGCCAUUCCCUUCCGCCGAGGCAAGAAACUCGGCGACGGCGCCACGGCCGAGGUGCGCGUCAUGUCCAGGCGAGGCGGCCCCGGCGACGAGCUGUACGCCGUCAAAGAGUUCCGCGGCCGCGAGAAAGACGAGUCCGAGGACGACUACGUCAAGAAGAUCAAGUCCGAGUACAGCAUCGCCAAAAGUCUGCACCAUCCCAACAUCGUCGACACGGUGCGCCUGUGCACCCACAACGGCCGCUGGAACCACAUCAUGGAAUUCUGCACUCACGGCGAGCUCUACGACCUCGCCAAGAAGGGCUUGUUCAUUCCCGUCCAGGCUGGUGGCUACUACAAAGCCGCCGACCGCCUGUGUCUCUUCAAACAGUUGUGCCGCGGCGUGUGCUACCUGCACGAUCACGGCAUCGCCCAUCGCGACAUCAAACUUGAGAACCUUCUUCUAGACAAGGAAGGCCACCUCAAGAUCUCCGAUUUCGGCGUGUCCGAGGUUUUUAGCGGCGAGCAUCCCGGUAUGCGUGCUGCUGGUGGAGAGUGCGGCGUCGACAUGGGCGAAGUGCGGCUCUGCAAACCAGGCAUCUGCGGCAGCAGGCCGUACAUCGCCCCGGAGGUUCUCGCAAAGAGCGGCCCUUACGACCCCCGUCCAAUGGACGUCUGGUCCUGCGCCAUCGCCCUCUUCUACCUCUCCAGCCAGUCACCUUGGGGCGCCGCCGACGCCGCCACUGACGUCAAGUACGCAGCGUACCUGCGCAACUGGGACGACUGGAUGGCCCGGCACCCCGACGGCGAGGUGUGCGACGACUCAGACGGCGCGCCCAAGACGUCGCCCGCCUUCCAGGGGCUGGACAAUCCGGGCAUCAAGCGCUUGAUGAUCCGCAUGCUGUGUCCCUACCCGGAGCGCCGCAUCACCAUCCGCGAGGUGCUCGACUCGCCGACCAUGCGCGCCGUCGAGUGCUGCACGCCAGAGAACUACGCCGAUGAGGUCGCGUGCCCGACGGUCGUCGAUGCGAGCAGCAAGAAAGGAUGCAAGGCCGCUCGUCAGGCCACCGUGCUCAAGAAGCACAACCAUUGCCCGCCCAAGGGUAGUAGGAUCCCGAAGGCGCUGCAGCAUCGAUUCGACAUGGGGCAUGGAUGGUAUUGA